AUACUUUAAACCUAUGAAGGUUCACGUUUCUCAUCCCCCCUGUGAUGGGUAUGAUCAUUAUUAUUGGCUAAUUGGGAAAGCCUGAUCGACGAUUUACCCUCUAUACCCAAGUUAUCACCGGUUUUCAGGCAAAGGAACUGAGGACAAGUGUAGCCGUUCAAUUUUCCUACUAUACAUGAACUCAAUAUUCGGAUAAGUCCGUUCAUUGUUCAGCAAGUGUUCGAAAGCAAUCCAUGUGGAGAAUUGCGGAAGAACUUCGUGAAUGAUGUCAGACAAAUAUAGUACAUCAAGCUUUGGAAUUAGCGGCAAAUGGCGAAGUCGACGAAGUGUUUGACGAUACACUCCGGGAAUCUUCUGAAUCUCAGCCCCUUGAAGCGUAAGCCGGGUCAAUCAGGUGCCGACGAACUCCACGAGUCUCUUUCAUACGUCUUGACGAACUGUAAGGAACCGAAGAAUCAUCAAAAUAACAUUGAGGUAAUCGCAUGCAAUGUUGAGAGUAACCCCUUACCGGUUGUCGAACGGAAGGAUACUCAAGUUUCUAUGAAGAUUUUCUUGGUGAAACCAUCUGUUGAAGGAGUCGAGAAAUCUUUAAUUACAGCAAUGGAAACCUUGAAUCUGGAUUUUGUGGAAUCGGUUAUCCUAGCGAUUCCCGUUGGCAACGAGAACGUAAAUUCACAUCUGAAGCCCUGUUGGCAGCAACUGGAAAACUUCGUCCGGUCGAGUAAAAUCUUGACCAUCGGUUGCAGCGAUAUUACGACUGAUGAAUUGAAGGAUCUUUUCUCGUGGGCGCAGGUGAAGCCCAGUACAGUGCAAAUCAACUUGGCAUCAUGUUGCGUCGUGCCUCCUGAAAUGACGGAGUUUGCGAAAGAACACGAUAUACGGUUGCUCACUCAUAACGACCCGCAAGAAAUUUUAUCCAAUGAAGCCUUGCGGAACCUGAUUACUAAGAAUGAGGCGUUCGGUUCCCACGCAACUUGCAACAUUGAUUGGAUUCUAAGAUACGCUGUUACGAUCAAGGGUCGUGGUGUGAUCAGAGAGAAAGGAUACUUACUAAACGCUUCUGUCAGCACAUGA